AUGAGGAAGUGGAUGACUAUCGAUAACAAGCGCGCCCUUAUCCGCCAGAGUCGUGAGGCUCCUGGAAUGACGCAGACACAGCUUGCUGAAUGGGCGCAGCAAGCGUUUCGCCUGACAAAGGCACCCGCGCGUAAUACCGUCUCUGUGCUACCAUCGCACACUGCUGGCAGAAGGCGGGCCUUCUUGCCCCCAUUCGUGGUGUUGAGGAGUAUGACGCUACUGACGCAGACAACAGAGAGGAAGACGACUCCGACGAAGAAGUGA